AGUCCAUACGCGUCGUUUUGGGUUGUUUUUUGGCCGUCUAGGGCUUGUGUUACUCAGGAAAACCCUGAACAUUUUCUUGCUCGUCGAUGUUAAGCUCUUAAGAAUCCUUUAUCUUUGUCCAUUUUUUUAUUAAAUAAAAAAAUUAAAUAAUAAUAAUGGGUCUGAGGGAAAAAUCGUCGGAGAUAUUGAAUUUGAAUUUGGAAGGAAAAACAGUGCGUGGUUCUGGUUCAUGUCCUACAGUUCUCGGAGGUUUUACAGCUCGAAAAUAGUGGAUUUGAAGUAACUACGUUCGAUGAUACAGAAGAGAAUUGAUAAUCGGGGCAAUGGUAAUCCAAUACGUUGAUUGCUUCCAGUGGUCCAGGAGGUCCUCAAUUCCAGGACACUCUUAUGAGGCGUCAGUGUCUUCCUCAAAGUUUUCCCUCUUCUGGCCCCCAAGUUCUGUUCAGAAGUAUAUGUUGGCAAGGAAGGACACUCGAUUCAGACUUGUUGUGGUUAUAGACGAAAUGCCAAGAACUGGGUUCAUGAAUGGAUUGUUGGUGGUCUGAGUGAUAUACUUGUUCCAGUUAAGACAUUUCACCUAGAAUGCGUGCACCAGGAUGUUAUUAAGCACCACCAAAUAUUUGACUUUGAACGUGUUCCUGCAGUUGUUGAGCUAUGCUGGCAAGCAGGAGCUGUUCCAAGUGAUGAAGAUUUAUACCCCAGCACUCACAACAUCCAAGUUAGCUGUGCUGUUGUUGAUGAAGUUGAGUCUUUGUCACCUGAUGGACUGAGGUCCAUAGCCAACGGAACUUUGAGAGCAUGGGAAACACUUGGAAUUGGGAUACAGAAACUGUUGUUGGUAUAUCCUGCUAAAGUCUGUAAACAUUGUGCAGAAGUUCAUGUUGGGCCGUUGGGACAUAAGGCUAGACUUUGUUGGGUGUUUUAAGUAUGAGAGAUGGGAGAAGCCCACUUUUGGAAGAAAGCAGAAGUGGAUGAUUUGGUGCCCCCAGAGGCUGUGUGGUGACGAAGACCUCAGGAUCAUCCUGUGCUUUUAAAUGAAGAGAGGGACUUUUAUGCGCAUGCACCUGCAGUGCCACAUCUGAGCAUAAAAGCUGGUGCUAUUGCACCUGCAAAGUACAAUUGUAUGAUGAAAGUGCAAGGCUUAUCUGGUCCUGUAGAAAUCAAAGUUUGAAACAUCCUGUGAGAAUAAAUUCAAGUGAGGCUUGUUUAGACACAUUUGAUCUGGUAAAUAUUAGGGAGGAGCCAAAAGCUCUUUCCUCAUAUUAAUCUGGAGCCUGAUUUGUUCCCUGGUUCAAGUGGUUCGAGAUUUCUCUGGUAUGUCUGUCUUUGAGCUAUUAUUUUUUCACCUUUUGCAUUCAUUUCUGCUGGCCAUAGAGAUAUUUGUCUUCACAUUACUACAGGGGGUUAAGGGUUUUUGUUGAUCCAUUUUGGUUGGUAAUGUUUUUAACUUGAAUGAAAGUUCACUGCCUCGAAUGCAUUUCUUAUUA